UACUUACAAUGUAAACAUUGUGGUAGGCUUUAGUUAGGGUAAAAGGAAACCUUCUCUGAUUGCUUAUUGAGUUUCUCCACACCAAUACAAUGGCGUCUACAGUGUUUACUAUUGAUUGGAACCAAUCUACAGAUCAAGAUCAGGUCAAUGAAGCACCUCAAGAAGAUGAUGACUCUGCAGUAUUGGCUUGGGAAGUUGACUUCUCUUCAUCCACUUUGAAAUCCAAACCCAAAUUACCCAAAUUUCUCCAAGAGAGGGAGAAGCAAAGAGCUGCUGAAAAAGCAAAGAAAGAGUCCACACCAUUACGAUCUGCAUCAGACUCUCAGGACCGAAAACCAACCACCAAAUCACGCUCACCACUAAAAUCAAGGAGUACCCCGUUGGCAAGCACAGUUAGCAGUAGCAAAACAAGUCCACGUCCGUUCUCUUCACCCUCGGCCUCAGGCAAGCCACAAGGUAGCUCUCCAAGAAGUUCCAAGCACUCUCCAGCAAUAAAGCAGCCGCUGUUCUCUGUAAGCUCACCUCGACGAGUCCAGUCGUCUUCCGUGGAGUCCUCACCUAUACUACGAUCUCCAGGGAGGGUCAAGAGUGCAGGGCUGAGUGCAGGCAAGACAAGAGAGCCCGUUCCACAGGCCAGCAGAUAUGCCUCACCAAGGCAUGAAACUGAGAGAGAGAAAUGGAAAGACACAGUAGACAACAAAUAUGUGACGCCAAGAAGGCCACUAACCACUGCUAGGGUCACCACAGUGGAUCCAUCUGAUGUUGACUCUCAACCAGAGUUUAGGUUAGCCCUCACCCCUGCAGAUAUGGAACAGAGGAAAGUACUGGACUUGAAACGAUGGUACUGUAUGUGUCGGCCUCAGUACAGCAAGUCGUGUGGGAUCUCCUCUGUUGUGUCUUGCUGGAAUUAUCUGUACUCCACCCUGGGCAAUGGCAGUCAUCGUCCCAUCACACAAGAGGAGGCUCUCACACUGCUUGGAUUCAAGCCACCUUUUGGAGAGAUUAGGUUCGGACCAUUCACAGGAAAUGCCACUUGUAUGAGGUGGUUCAAGCAUUUGUGCUGUCACUAUGGAGUCAGUGGUCAGGCUUACUACUUCUACAAGCCAGUAGGCAAAGGGAAAACUUUUGGGUUGAAGCCAGAGCAAGCCUUGGAGAAACUGAAAGAGGGGCUGAGAGAUCCCUCAAUGGCAUUUGUUUACCACUGCCUCAACCACUACUUCUGCCCAAUUGGUUUCGAAGAGGUGCCCAGAUCACCGUCUGAGGCCUAUCAAGUUGACAUGGGAGUGGAUGAUGUAGACACUUGGAUACUGGUUGGAGAGCCUAGUCGGAAACAGUACUCUAUUCACUGCAAAUUGUGGACAGACAUCGCGACUGACUUGAACACUAAAAGGCCCGAGUUCUUCAAUAUCAGACAUACUGAGAGGGGGAUACAAUUGAAGAAAACGAAACGUCUCGGCGGAAAUCUACACUGCAUCAUGGCCUUCAAGAAACAAGAAGAGGUUGCGUAUGUCACUACUGGUCCUGUAGUUUUGCCAGAGCCACAAGAACUUCAGCAAUCAUCAAGUGAAAUAGAAAACCUCGAUAGUUCUGAUUCCGACUUUCCCCUCUCUACACGAGAAGAUGACGUUGUUAUCGAAGGUGUUGAUGCACCGUAUGGGAGUGGUGAAGCUCUCGAAGCAGUGGACUCUGCGAUUGCAAACCUCGAAGUAAUGGACAUAGAAGAUGACUUACAAAUGUCUUCUGAUUACAUGUAUAUGACAACACACCAGAGUACCAUUCCACAGAUACACGUACAGAACUCACAAACAAACACUUCAAGCGUUGCCACGACUACGGAAAAAUCUAUUGCAAGGAUAAGAUCGGGAACUUAUGUAAAGCAAAGCGAUCCAUUGCAAUCCCUGGAGCAAGAACAUGAAGAGAUGUCUGUUAGCCCCACUAUCAAGAGAACUGGUACCUUCACCAAAGAGAAGAAACCAUCAGUGCAACAACGGUCAAGUUUUCUCAGUGAGUCUUCUGAUCGGGACAGUGGCAGUGAAGCUGACCUACCUACUGAGCCACUAGAGAAUAUGUUACAAGUACCACAAGCGUAUGCAGCAGAUGUAUCAUCAGAGAGUGACAGUGAGGUACCAGCCCUAUCUGGCGGAGCAAUCAGAAGAAGAGGGACUUUCACAAAAGAGAACAAACCAUCAGUGCAACAACGGUCAAGUUUACUUAGUGAGUCUUCUGAACAGGAUAGUGGCAGUGAAGCUGACCUACCUACUGAGCCACUAGAGAAUAUGUUACAAGUACCACAAGCGUAUGCAGCAGAUGUAUCAUCAGAGAGUGACAGUGAGGUACCAGCCCUAUCAACUGGCGGAGCAAUCAGAAGAAGAUGGACUAUCACAAAAGAGAAGCCUCAAAUAAAAGUUUCAAGUGUUGCUGAUUCUGACUCAAGCAAUGGACAAUUAGACGAAGUGGUUGCAAGCUCUCAAGAUACUAUAACGUUUACGACAGACUAUCAAAGCAGAAGUGGCACAUAUACGAAACGCAAGGAGGUGGUGGACGACUCUGACAGUAGUAGUAUUGACUUUGACUAUUUUGAUGGAGUUGAUCUGGACGAUACGCUUAAAGCACUGAAUGACUCGGAGAAUGGAAGUGUCCAAGAAACUAUUGAAAUGCAAACACAUGAAGAAGGUUUGAAUUCAGCGGCACAAUUGCAGGGCAGUCAUCUACACCAAUAGAAGUCAAAACUAUGUGCAUGCAUUAAGCCAAGAAAAUGGAAAUGACAUUAAGGACUUUUCACAUCUAUAAGCUAGUCAUACAUGCAUACAAUAUUAUGACCUCAUUACUGUUAAUUUUUUUGACCAUGUUAUGUAUAUUAUAUUAUUAAUGUUGGA